AGACAAAUCCAACCCCUUUUGUUUAGCCCUUGCCAGCCUCUUUAUUUUCAUUGAGAACUACAGUUUUGUUCCCUGACUUUGUCCUCUUCCUUGUUUGUUUCUCUCAUUUAUGAUCACAGAUGGCUAUAGCCCCAUUCAGCACCUGCCACUUUCAUUUGUUUUGUGCGCGCUUCCGACUUACAUGUUCUGUGUGGUAUUCUGAAUUCUGUGAUAUGUCCUGUGAAGGCCACAACUAUAUUGGGACUGAGCACUUAUUGCUGGGUCUCUUGCGAGAGGGCGAAGGCGUAGCAGCACGGGUACUGGAGAAUCUUGGAGCUGAUUCUAGCAAUAUCAGAACCCAGGUCAUCCGCAUGGUUGGUGAGAGCACAGAGGCUGUAGGCGCCGGGGUUGGGGGAAGUGGAGGAAGCUCGAAGAUGCCCACGUUGGAGGAGUACGGGACAAAUCUUACCAAGCUUGCAGAAGAGGGUAAGCUUGAUCCUGUUGUCGGGAGAGAAGCCCAGAUUGAGCGUGUUACACAGAUUCUUGGACGGCGAACAAAGAACAACCCUUGCCUGAUUGGAGAGCCUGGUGUGGGAAAGACUGCCAUAGCUGAGGGGCUGGCUCAGAGAAUUUCUGCCGGCGAUGUACCAGAGACCAUUGAAGGAAAGAAGGUAGUUACGUUGGACAUGGGCCUUCUGGUAGCUGGUACAAAGUACCGCGGAGAGUUUGAGGAGCGAUUGAAGAAGCUGAUGGAGGAAAUCAAGCAGUCAGAUGACAUCAUUCUCGUCAUUGAUGAAGUCCACACGUUGAUUGGUGCGGGAGCUGCUGAAGGUGCAAUUGAUGCAGCAAAUAUCUUGAAACCGGCCCUUGCUCGAGGAGAGCUGCAGUGCAUUGGUGCGACAACCAUCGAUGAAUAUCGCAAGCACAUCGAGAAGGAUCCUGCUCUUGAGCGUCGGUUUCAGCCGGUUCAGGUCCCGGAACCGACAGUGGAUGAGACCAUUCUCAUCUUGCGAGGCUUGCGUGAGCGGUAUGAAAUUCACCACAAGCUUCGGUACACCGAUGAGGCGUUGAUUGCUGCUGCGCAGCUCUCAUACCAGUACAUCAGUGAUCGUUUCUUGCCUGACAAGGCAAUCGACUUGAUUGAUGAGGCAGGCUCCAGGGUUCGUCUGCAGCAUGCCCAGCUUCCUGAGGAGGCCCGUGAUCUCGACAAGGAGUUGAGGGCGGUGACCAAGGAGAAAAAUGAGGCAGUGCGUGGCCAAGAUUUUGAAAAGGCUGGAGAAUUGAGGGACAAGGAGAUGGAGUUGAAGGCACAGAUAACGGCAAUCUUGGAGAAGGGCAAGGAGAAGACCAAGGCGGAGUCAGAGACUGGAGAAACCGGCCCCCUAGUCACGGAGGCCGAUAUUCAAAAGAUCGUCUCUGCCUGGACUGGCAUUCCUGUCGAGAAGGUUUCCACGGAUGAAUCUGACCGGUUGCUCAAGAUGGAGGCAACACUUCACCAGCGUGUCAUUGGGCAGGACGAAGCAGUGAAGGCGAUAAGCCGAGCUAUUAGGCGUGCCAGAGUAGGGUUGAAAAAUCCUAAUCGGCCAAUCGCGAGUUUCAUCUUCUCCGGGCCUACAGGUGUAGGAAAAUCAGAGCUUGCCAAGGCACUUGCGUCGUACUACUUUGGCUCUGAGGAGGCAAUGGUCAGACUGGACAUGAGCGAAUUCAUGGAAAGACAUACAGUCUCGAAGCUCAUCGGUUCACCUCCAGGAUAUGUAGGCUACACUGAGGGUGGGCAGCUGACGGAAGCAGUUCGCCGGAGGCCGUAUACCGUGGUACUCUUUGACGAAAUCGAAAAGGCCCAUCCAGAUGUGUUUAACAUGAUGCUUCAGAUUCUGGAAGAUGGAAGAUUGACAGACAGCAAGGGGAGAACAGUGGAUUUCAAGAAUACGCUCUUGAUUAUGACUUCAAACGUCGGAAGUUCUGUCAUCGAAAAGGGUGGAGGUGGGUUGGGUUUCCGGCUGGAUUUCGACGAGAAGGACAGCAGCUAUAACAGGAUCAAGACUCUGGUGAACGAGGAGCUGAAGCAGUACUUCCGGCCUGAGUUCCUGAAUAGGCUGGACGAGAUCAUUGUUUUCAGACAGUUGACGAAAUCCGAGGUCAAGGACAUCUCAGACAUUAUGCUGAAGGAGGUGUUCGAUAGGCUGAAGAAGAAGAACAUUGACCUGCAGGUCACGGAGAGAUUCAGAGACCGUGUGGUAUAGCAGGAUGCGAAGGCCGCCGCCAUCCUGAAAGGAAGAAGGGAGAAGGAGGCCAAGAAGAAGGCCUUGAUCGAGGAACAAGCGGCGAAGAUGAGGAAGAUUGAGGAAGAGAUGGCCAGAGAGAAGGAGAGGCUAAAGAGAGAAGAGGAAGCGAAGCUCAAGGCGGUAGAAGAGGAGGAAGAGGAGGAAGAACAACCACUGGAAAGGCGAAGGGCAGGAGGACGAGGUGAACCCAGUGGCACAAAAGAGGAUCAAAUGGAGAAGAAAAUUACAGAAACUCCGACACGACAUGUGCCUAUGGCAGAGGUUGCAGGCCGAUGCCUAAAUAGCUGUCCAGAGACUGCUUGUGUCAGAGUCUCUUUAGGCACCUCCCUCACAGGCGUGGCCGAUGAGCUGAAGGAGAGAAUGCCCGCCUGGGCCAAGAUGGAGAAGGAGAGUAGAGGACAACUAGUCUUGGUAGAUGUAGAGAUUUUUAAAGGCAGAGUAGGGGCCCUCGUAGACAGUGGGGCCAUUCGCAGCUAUAUUAGUAGGAAGGCGCUGCAGAAGUUGAAGCUGGGAUUAAAAGUCCAGAAGCUAGCAGACCCCGUAGUAAGUAUCCUCGCAGAUAAUCGCACGAUGCGAGUAGAGGAUUACGUAGAGGGAGUCCAGGCGUACUUCCGCCUAGAGAAAGAUGGGAAGGUGGAGAAAGUUCUCCAUUCCCUGACUCUCCUCGUAGAGGACAACCUUCCUUUUGACAUAGUUCUCGGAAUGGACUCGGGAGAGGCAGCAGGGGCCACACUCCAUUUGAGAGAGCACGAGCGUAGGCUUCCUAGUCCAUCAGGCGGAAUCAAGACUGCCCGUUUGUUUCAUGUGUCCGGAGUAGACAACUCCUUGGCACACUGCUGUCUCAGCGCUCCUGCGUUCGCAAGGUUAGUAAAGGAGCAGCUAGAGGAACAGGUUUUUGUUGCCUAUGUCAGGCCAGUGAGUGAGCCUAAAGAGGAGAAGCCUAUAGACCCUGCUAUUGUCGAGCUGCUGGAAGAGUUCACAGACUUAGCAAAGCCGCCAACAGGAGUAGUACCGCGGCCUAUCCAGCAUCGCAUUGAGAUAGAGCCUGGCAGUAGAACUCCUAAGGGUGCUGUAUAUAGGAUGUCCCCGCGGGAGUUGGAGGAGCUGCGCAAGCAACUAGACGAGCUCCUAGAGAAGGGUUGGAUUAGGCCCAGUUCGUCUCCCUUUGGAGCACCUGUUCUAUUUGUCCCCAAAAAGGAGGGAGAGCUUAGGAUGUGCAUAGACUAUAGAGGUCUGAACGCAAUCACCGUGAAGAAUGCUGAACCACUGCCCAGGAUAGACGAUCUCUUAGAUCGAGUGAAGGGGUGCAGAUAUUUCUCAAAGAUAGAUUUGAAGUCCGGAUAUCAUUAGAUAGAGGUCCACCCUGAUGAUCAGUACAAGACAGCUUUCCGGACUAGAUAUGGGCAUUAUGAG